AAUUUGUCGGGCUCGCGCAAUUUGUUUAACUUGACGCGUACUGCAAUUUCGGUUAAUGCCACAUCAGAGACACGUGCAUUUCAAUAUUUGACUACAAACAUAUUCACCACAGCAUGCAACAAUAAAUUAAAAGCUGUGUUGUUGUUGUUGUUUUUUCCCCGCACAUUAAUGUGUAGAAAUUGCCUUAAAGCACACAGUUUGUUCAAAGUUGCAUAUUACACCUUCAAUGUUACAUGCACGUAUAAAAUAGCCAUUGCAUGGUCCACAGAUAACAGAAACUUGCAGAAUAAAAUAAUAACUCUAUAACUUAAAAUUCGCGCGUGAUAGAAGAAGUCUCAGAAAAGUCAAAAACAACUCUGAUUCCACCUCCAAACCAAGUGUAGCUACAAAACCACGAGUCUGUCAACAGAGCAGUGUCACAGAUAGCCUAAAACUGACCGCAAAUCUGUGAAUAAUAGGAAAUAAAUUAAAGCACACCGAAGAGUUGUGUCUUCGCUUAUCCAAUGAACAUCACGCGACAUUCGUUGUUUUGUUUGUCCUUGUUGCGCGGGUGUUUGCUUUGCAAAUAAAAAAAAAAGUUUACUCUCCGCUGUGCCAGCUAACCAGUCUAUUGUUAGAGGAGGGUGAUGUGGGCGAUACACUUAGCCAAAAGUAAAUGGGUGCCGGAAAGCCCAUUAUAAGGGGCGCACUUCUCUGUCAAUCAGUCUCGUCCCAAGGCGAGGAAAGGCACAUUACCUGCAGUUCAUUAUCUAAAUAGAAAUAAGAACCGGUUUUAUCGCAAAGGGGAGGCCCUAUGCGAGAGAUAAGAGAGAAGUCUGGAUUUCAGUUUAGCAUACAGCAGUGGUGCAGGAGAGAGACCGCCUGAAACAGUUCAGCACGCAACCCUUAUAAAACAACGGAGCGCGUAUACGCAUGCGUUUGUGAUAAUCGGUAAUCAAUUUAAACGUACUAAAAUAGUUUGGAAAAGCGGCUUUUUUACAGAUUCAGCGAAUAAGAAGACAUUUCUUGAGCGGGGGUUUCAUUUUAAGUAAGCUACGCCCAAUGUGUUAACCUAGGAGACCAUCGUUCGUAAAGUUCUUGGAUACACCGAAUUUCCCAUAAAGGCGAGGAACAUCGUUUAAUCUCUUGGGGACAUCGUACAAUUACUUUCUGUUUGUUAACCAUAGGCGAAACCAUUGCAUUAACUUUUACGUUUUUGCUUUGAACUCGAGUGCAGCGCAAAUUGUAAAUCCAAUUUUUGGAAUGAUUUCAGCAAUAUCAAGCCCGUGGCUGACGCAGCUGUCCCAUUUUUGCGAUGUUGCAGCCUUCACGACCAGCAGCCUGAGCAGUCUCAAUACGCCCGGGAAUUACCAUCUUUCUCCUUCCCCCGGGGAUCCGUACAGCCAUCAUGAAAGCCAGUUCGAACCGUGCCCGGCAGCCCAGCACGGCUACAACUAUUCCGGACCCAACCCAGCACAGGCCCCGACGCAGGGAGACACCGGGACAUCCAACUGUUCCUCGUCGUCAUCAAGCUCAACGCCAAAUAAAACGCUGGUGAAAAAGAACCCUAAAGUGGCCAAUAUUAAUGUACAGUUGGAAAUGAAGGCGCUUUGGGAUGAAUUUAAUCAACUUGGAACUGAAAUGAUUGUCACAAAAGCUGGGAGGCGAAUGUUUCCUACGUUUCAAGUCAAAAUAUUUGGAAUGGACCCAAUGGCAGAUUACAUGCUCCUGAUGGAUUUCUUACCAGUGGAUGAUAAACGAUACAGGUAUGCCUUCCACAGUUCAUCGUGGCUAGUAGCUGGAAAAGCUGAUCCAGCGACUCCAGGUAGAGUGCACUACCACCCCGACUCACCUGCCAAAGGAGCGCAGUGGAUGAAACAGAUCGUUUCCUUCGAUAAACUAAAACUGACCAACAAUCUGCUGGACGACAAUGGACACAUAAUCCUGAAUUCAAUGCACAGAUACCAGCCCAGAUUUCACGUGGUAUACGUAGAUCCUCGGAAAGACAGUGAGAAAUACGCCGAGGAAAAUUACAAGACUUUUGUUUUUGAGGAGACCAGAUUCACCGCCGUUACCGCAUAUCAAAAUCACAGAAUAACACAACUGAAAAUCGCCAGCAAUCCAUUUGCCAAGGGUUUCAGGGACUGUGAUCCAGAGGACUGGCCCCGGAAUCACAGGCCUGGCUCUUUACAAAUCAUGAGUGCGUUUGCUCGAACCAGGAACCCCAUGUCCACUCCCCCACAGCUGAACGGCUCAGAGAAAGAGGACAGUAGACGAGAAUAUGACCGUGACCCCAGCAGCACUACCCUCCAUUCUGACCCAGCUCACCAGCUGAUGUCCCGAGUUCUCAGCCCUGCGCUUCCUGUCCUUGGUGGACUACACGCUGUGCCCCUCACAGCUGGCCACCGCACCCCACCCCACGAACUGCGCCUCGAUGGACACCCCCAACCACCAGACACCCUGCACCACCAUCCAUACAAGUACCCCACCACCUAUGAACAUUAUCUGGGAGCCAAAACCAGGCCGUCUCCGUACCCCUCACCGAGCAUUAGAAGCCACGGAUACCACCCCCACAUGAACCCCACCACAGCCAACAUGUACUCUGCGACAAGCGCGUCGACUAAUUACGACUAUGGACCUAGAUAAUGACAGAGCCGCCACUCACUUGGGUUUCCUCAAAAUAUACAGAAAAAAAACACACAUACCUUUGUGUCCCAGACUCACGAAGCACGAGUUUUGGGUUGGGCACAUCUUUUGAAGUGGCUUCUGCAGACGGAAAGCUAAACUGCCAUAUUUAUUGAAGGGAGAAAUGUCCUUGUGGAACUUAAGGAUGAGCUCUGUGGACCCAGCAUUAGCUCUGGCAUGCCUGGGAACUGAGAAUCAGAACAAUACCUGGGCAAAAGUAGACUUGGAAACUGCAGUAUAAGUGUUCAAAGUAACAAGGAGGGGAAAUACUUUUUUUAGACAAAUAAUGCAUUAUCACAGACUGGAACUGAACUUUUUUUUGUGUUGGAUGCACUUUUUGUUUUUGCUUUUAAAAAGCCAUAAAUUAUAUAUUCACCUUGAGCCAUUGAGCUUCUAGAUAGAUGGAAUAUCUGCAUGUUGCGCUGUUUUGAAGGUCCUGAAAUGUCCUGAAUUUAUUUUAUUUUUUUCCUGGUUGAGAAUGAAUCAUUUUUGAAAAUGCUAGACCACCUUUAGAAGGUCCGUGAAGCUUGUAACGUGGCACUGACUAAAAGUAACUCAAAUAAAAAAUAACAGAAUGACUGUGCUGAACUUGUAAAAUAAAU